CGAUUUAUCCUCUCUAACAUCCUCAAAACCCACGAAUUCAAAUCGACCAUUUGACGAAACACACAUCAAAACGUUCCAACACAAAUUUCAACAACUAGAGAGAGAGCGAAAGAGUGAGACAUGAUUCGGUUAGAUUUAUAAACAAACACGAUCGCGUCCAUGCCACAGUCGCUCAAGCUAGUCGUCGGCAACAACGACGCUCAUCCGGUUCUGAAAGUGUCCACGCGACUUCUCCUCCUCUCCGCGAAGUGUUCAACAGAUGCCACGACAAACAUGAAACCCGACUAGUCGGCCACCGGCUUAACAUGAAGCAAACCGGCGUGGAUACGUUCAAAAUGGAAGACAGACCGACGAAACCAGCACUCUCCAUCAAAAACCCGGACACCACACCGGCCAAUAAGCCCACAGUGGAAAAGAACGAACUCCCGAUGACCAGCAAGAUACCACGUGCGAAACCACUCACCCCAAAACUACCCAUCACCGACGGCUUCUCCCAAAAACCCAAGCACCUCCACUACCACCAGCAUCACCACCCUCAAACCAUCAUAGAAGACGAGGACGACACCUCGGAGGACUCCAACGACAAGAAAGCCCCGACCAAAACCCUUCCAGAACAACCGGAUAAGAUUCGGAUGAACCGCGUACCGACCGCUGUGGAACUCCACCAAACGCAAAGCGAUAAGUCGUCGAACAGAUCGUCGUUGAACGAUUUUCCGGUGGUGAACAAGAACGCGAUCAAGAGAGUGGCUACAGGUGUCGAUUUGACGAGUCACGUGACCACGGGGUCGCCGAAUUUUCGUAGAGGUAACAGUGUUAGAUCGUUGAGGGGUGGUUUUUAUGGAGAGAAAGUGGGAAGUGAGUGUGGCGAGAAUCUGUUUUCGAAGCCGUUUUCCGAUCAGGCUUCGAUCAGAAGCUGGGCUUCGGUUGGUCUGGGUUCUACUGAUGGCAAGAAGAUGAUUAUUAGGAGGGUGCCGACGUCGCCCGAAGAACUGUUCACGAUUGUUAAUCCACCGACGCCUCCGGAGGAAUACAUGUACGAUGAAGACAGCGACGAAAUGGACCAAGGAGACGAGGAUGGUUCCUUCUCCAAACCCAUGAGGUACCAAUGGGCUAACAAACUUCAGUUUGUCUUGGCUUGUGUUGGUUACAGUGUUGGACUAGGCUCUGUUUGGAGGUUUCCCUAUCUGUGUUACAAGAGCGGUGGUGGAGUAUUCCUGAUACCUUAUUUCAUCUCUAUGUUGGUGUGUGGGGUGCCGAUGUUGUACAUGGAACUGGCCGUGGGACAGUACACGGGUAGAGGUCCCAUAGGAGCUCUGGGACACCUAUGUCCAUUAUUCAAAGGGACGGGUUUAGGCAGCGUUGUCAUAUCGUUCCUGAUGUCUACCUACUACAGUGUGAUAAUAGCUUAUGGUAUUUAUUAUUUCUUCACUUCUUUCAAGUCUAACCAGCCAUGGGCGGAUUGCAAUCAUCGAUGGAAUACCAAGCACUGCUGGGUGCUACCCAAAGAUGCAAACGCCACUGCCAAGCCCAUUGACAGUCAAACGCCUUCGGAGGAGUUCUUCGAGAUAAAGGUGCUCCAAGCAGGACAGGGUAUUGAGCUUCCCUUCAGCUUUAGCCAGUUACGGUGGGAGCUUGUGGCCUGUCUGAUUUGCGCAUGGGUGCUGGUCUACUUCGCCAUAUGGAAAAGUAUCAAAUCCUCAGGACGGGUCAGAUAUUUCACUGCUACGUUUCCGUUCCUCCUGAUCCUGCUGUUUCUUGCCAAGUCCUUGACUCUGGAGGGAGCGGACAGAGGACUUAGAUAUUUCUUCAAGCCCAAGUGGUCUCUAUUGGGAGAAUCUAAGGUGUGGGUGAACGCUGCUGCUCAAACAUUCAAUUCGAUGGGUAUAGCCUUCGGGUCUAUGAUCUCAUUCGCCAGUUACAACAAGUACAACAACAAUAUCCUCCAAGACACCGUAGCAGUAUCUGUAGUCAACUUGGUCACCAGUCUUCUUGUAGGUGUAUUUGCAUUUGCAACCAUAGGAAACAUUGCCACUGAGCACAACACCACCAUAGAAGACGUUAUUACAGACGGUCCUGGACUGAUAUUUGUGGUGUACCCUCAGGCCAUAGCCCAGAUGCCGGCGGCAAACCUUUGGGCCAUACUCUUCUUCUUCAUGCUGCUCUGCUUGGCACUCAACAGUCAAUUUGCAACAGUGGAAGUAGUGGUGACAUCUAUCCAAGAUGGAUUUCCGGUUUGGAUAAAGAACCAUCUGAUGUGUCACGAGAUCUUGGUCCUUGUGGUUUGUCUUAUAUCUGCGGUCUUCGGUCUGCCUUACGUUACGAAGAGCGGCAUAUACUUCUUCCAACUCAUGGACCACUACACAGCGACCAUAUCAAAGAUGUACCUCGCCUUCUUCGAGAUAGUGGCCAUAGCUUGGGUCUACGGAGGAAGAAGACUAGGUAGAAAUGUAAAGACGAUGACAGGCAAACACCCAGGAUGGUACUUCAAGUUCUGUUGGGUUAUCGCAACUCCACUGAUGAUUGUUUCCUUGUGGGUGUUUCUACUGCUAGACUACGCCCCGCCCACUUACAACAACGGCUCGUACGAGUACCCUGAUUGGGCCAUAGCGUUGGGUUGGUUAAUAGCCUCGGUGUCUCUGCUCUGCAUACCUAUUUUUAUGGUGUACGUGUUUGUUAAGACACCAGGAGAGGAUAUAAUGGAUAAAUUGAAGAAUUCCAUCAAGCCCGAUUUAGAGAAGUGUCCUAAAUGCGGAGACCUGGACUGCGACUGUACCGUAGAAGAGGCCAUGCAACCUAUGCUGGUUCUGCAAAGUCAGGGACAGACUGUAGGUCCUACCUACAUACCGAUCCAAGCUUUCGAGCUUCCCCAAAAUAACGGUAUAGUAUUGACUGAGGUGAACAAUGUGAAACGGGACAGUUUAGAGUCCCAAAAUCAUCACAACGAUCCCAUCACCAUACACGUAGAGACCACACCACCCAGCGAAAGUUCAUUAAGCUCGAAAGAGAGCAAAACCUGAAAAACUUGUUCCGUUUGUGAAUGUAAAUAUUGUUCGGAGAUGGUUUUAUCAGCACACAAAACAAGCUAGUACGGAAGUGUAAAUAAUCUACUGUUAUACAUCUUCAUUGUUGAUUCAAUCGGUUUCUCUUGUAAUGAUCAUUUUGAUGUAAGAAUCAACUUAUCGUUCAAUAGUAUUUCAUCCUGACAAUGUUUUUAUACUGUCAAAUACCCUAUUGUGUACUUUUUUUUAGCCGGAGGACCAAAAUGAAAUUCCCAAAUUUGGUCGAAUUUCAAAAACCAUCUCUGAAUUUGUUUUGGAAUGAUAUAAUAUAUAUAUCGACUGUAAAUAUUGUUGUGAGAAAGUUUUAUGAGUGUUACGAAGGAUACUUGUAUAAUUGACUCGUUUGUAAUAUAUAUAUAUCGAUUGACAAUUAUUUAUGAAACGGAGUAGAAAAUACAUUCCAAUGAUCUAUCUCAUCAUUUUUAUCCUGUUGAUUUGUCCCGAUUCACCAAAAUACUAUCGAUUUUCUACGUUUUGACUCAACUUCCCCUUAGAAUAACCAAAAGCUCAAAUUAUAGACAGAAUCUGUUUUAAAGUGACAAAGUAUAAUAUUUUAAUUGAAUAGGAAGUCGAAAAGGAAACGGUUGCGUUGAAAACUGAGUUACCAAGCUUUUCUUUUUCAUUCAAUUUUAUUCGGAUAAGUUUAUCUUAUAAUAAACAGGAUUGAAAAUGAUCACAUAUACAAAGUCAAAUAAAUUAUAUGAAUAGUAA